AUGUUUAUGCUGAUUCGAAGAAAAUACAUACAACUAGUAGUGGUGAUUACAUUGCUUCUUACGGUUAUAGCGACGUUAUUAUCGGUUUUAAAUGAGACCUCGAGGGUAAAGAUAAAUUCAAAACUUAGACUUAAUUACCUUGAUAGAUUGACCAGCCAGAUAUACUCGGGAUACUUUGAAGGGAAGGACAAGGGAGACACAUUUGAUCCAGAAUCACGUUUUAACAAGAAUAUUGAUGCAAUUUAUAAAGAAAAGAAGAGCCUGGAGGAUGAUGAAAGCAACUUAUGGACAAUGGACACCACGAUCAAGGGUUCCUCACUCAAGAUUCCUCCAUAUUAUUAUGAUAUGUCGGACAAGCCGCCCAUUCUGCCGUUCGACAUUAGAUUCACAUUAGGAAUGUAUUACCACCAUAUAAGGACUCAAUCUAAAAAGAACCCGAACAAGAUUGUUUCUGCUCCGUUCCAUUGGUAUGACUGGGUGGAUUUAUCGAUAUUGAAUCAGUACUUAUUAGCACCAGCAAACGAGAAGCCAACUUGUUCAUUAUUGGAUGCUAGAAUGGAUGAAAUUAAAGUUUUCCAGGAGAAGGACAAGAAGCAAAAAGAGAAAGAUUCCAAAUUGAAAGAAUUUGAACAAAAUCAAAUUACUAAAGAAGAGGACAAGAAAAAAGUUGAAGAAUCCCAGAAGAAAAUUGAGGAGAACAAGAUUGAAGAUAACAUAGAAAAACCGGAUGAGAAUAAGGAAGAUAAUAAGGGUGAUCAGAAUGAAGAGAAUAAGGGUGAUAAGAAUGGAGAGAAUAAGGAUGAUAAGAAGGAGGAAAAUAAGGGUGAUAAGAAUGAAGAGAAUAAAGAUAAGAAGGCGGAAAAUAAGGAAGAUAGAAAUGGUGAUGGUAAGAAAGAAGAAAAUGAGCAAAACGAUGACAAGAACAAGAAAGAGAAGAGACACGUCAAGAGGGGAGAAUCUGUGGACCCCAAAGAAUAUUGUGUCGAUGACUUUCAUUUGCCAAGCGAUUUCCAAGAUGGUAAUACAGUAAGACCGGGAUUCAAUGUCUUUAAGAGUGAUAUGAGAACGACUCCUGACAAAGCUAUUCUUCUUGGAAAAUCAUACUUAUACACCUAUGCACCAACACCUGCAAUGAUUGUUUUCUUAACAAAAGAUGGAUCUUAUAAUCUUACCGUUAAAGGAAGGGAAAAAUUAACGAAUUCUGAUUUGGUAGAUAGCUAUAUUAAUCAGGAAAAAAAGAAGACAAUUGAUCCCUUAACCGAAUUUAAUAAAUUGAAAAAAAAGGUGAAAGUUAAUUCGCAUCAAAGUAUUAAUGAUUAUGAAAUUAACCUCACUGAAGAUUCCUUUAUUCUUAAACAUGAAGAUCUUAUUAACGAAUACGAAUCUAAGCUAAAAGACAGUGGGAUAACAGUUAAUGAGUAUCGCUAUUUAGAAUCCUUAAAGUAUUCGGAUAACGAAGUCAAAAAUGGUAAUCCUCCAAAGUAUUUUGCAGAAGCAAGAUUGAUCGGUAGUUUGGUUGGGGAUCAUUAUGAUUGGAGAUUUUUCAAUGGUGUUAUGUAUGAAGCAUCACAAAGAAGUUUGAUAUUGCACAGAUUGGUUAGAUCAUGGUUAUCGUUCAGCCGUAAGAAUGGUAUCAACACUUGGGUUGCACAUGGAUCAUUAUUAUCGUGGUACUGGAAUGGGUUUUCUUUUCCAUGGGACUAUGAUAUUGAUGUGCAGGUUCCGGUUAUGGAUUUGCAUAAAUUGUCAUUACAAUUUAAUCAAACUUUAGUUGUUGAAGAUAUGGAAGAGGGUUAUGGAAGAUACUUUUUAGAUUGUGGAUCUUUUAUUACAUUAAGAGCCAAGGGAAAUGGUAAUAAUAACAUUGAUGCCAGAUUUAUAGAUAUUGAUACUGGUAUCUAUAUUGAUAUUACCGGACUAGCGGUGUCGAACACAAAAUCGCCAGAUAGAUACAAGGAGUUUUAUCCUGAUCAGUGGGUUGAAAAUGCAGAAGACUAUACGGAAGCAAAUACUGCAAUGAAUGCAUAUAACUGUCGUAAUAAUCAUUUUUCAACAUUAGACGAAUUAUCACCUUUAGUAAAGACAUUUGUUGAAGGUGAAAUGGCUUACGUUCCAAGAAGAUACAGCGACAUUUUGUCUGUUGAAUAUCCUAAGGGAUUAUUAAGCAAACAAUAUAGUGGACAUGUGUUUAUACCCCAAUUGCGAUUAUGGGUUAAGGAAGGAGAUUUGUAUUAUUUCUUACAUGACAAGGAGAAGUGGAAGUUGCAUAACUACAAUGAAGAGUAUACUAACAUCGAGUCUCAAGAAGACUUGGAUAAGGAGAAUGCUAGGUUCGAAUUGACCGAAUCCCAAAAAGCGAAAUUAUUAGAAGCAGCGGCAGCAAGGAAAAAAUUAGGUCAAACUCUGGAAAAAUCAACCAAAUUGAGCGACAAGGAUUUGCGAACUAUUUAUAAUUUUAAACCUGAACAGCUUCUUGAAUUACUAUCCAAAGAAGAACUUUUCACUAAUUAUUGUCUGACUAGAGACUUUACUUUCUUUCAUCAAGAAGAAAUCAUGAGACUAUUGUUCGGCAAGUCCACCGAGAAGUUGCUCAAAUCACAGAAGGCAUUCAAGCCGUUUACUACCAAUUUUCUCGAUUAUUAUAUUCAUAAUAACGAUUAUAACUAUGAUGAACAAGUCGACAAGUAUAUUGCUUUGCAUGCUGCAUAUUCAUCAUAA